AUGGCUUCGCGAUUGUUCACGCCGCAGCGUUUUGCGCCUGUAGCGACUGGUGCUGCUAUGGCCGCUGGCAUAGCGCUUUUCCCACGAACGACAUUGCACGCAGAGUCUCCCAAUGUCCCACAGGCGCGCAAACCAAUCUACGAUGACUUCGAAUCCGAACCGACCCCUCCCGCAAGAACGAGCCCUAGAUCCAACUCACCCGCAACCCCGACCAAGUCUUCAACUCCAACUCCGACCGAUAGACUUGCUGUACAAAUAGGGAAGACUCGUAUGUUCAUAUAUGCUCAUGUCGUAGCCGCCGAAAACAAAGUAAACGACGUGAUGGACUCGGCACUGGAUCUCGAGCAGAGUUUUACAAGCACAAUUGCUUCUUUAGCCCCCUCACGGCAAUCAGGCGAAAAGCUUAUGCCAGGAUCGAUAUACGUACUGGUCGCAGCGAUGACAGGAAGCAUCAUAUCGCGGAAUCGCAACAUUGUACUGAGAGCUGCAGUUCCAUUGGCCGUUGGUAUUGGAGCUGGAUGGGUCGUUCUCCCUGUCACUAUGCGAAAUGUCUCGGACCUGAUGUGGAAAUACGAGCAGAAGUCUCCAGUCAUUGCGGAUGCACACCUUCGGACAAGAGAGGCAAUUCAGAAGACAUGGAGGAUGGCAAGAGUUCAUACCAAACAGGCUGUCAGUAUUGUGGAUGAUAAGGUCAGCGCUGGGCGUGAGGCUGCUGAGGAUUGGGUGAAGAAGGGGAAAUAG